UUACGCCAUUGGCAUUUGAGUCAUUUGACGUGAAUAAAUAAUAAUUUUAACUUUAAAGUUAAUUUUGUAUUAAAUGCAUACCGUCUAUACCUAUUGUAUUACUUGUAAUUACUAGUUUGUACUAAAAUCUAUAAGUUUAUAAUAAUUUUUAUUCUAACUUUGGUUCGCAAUGUCUCAAGAAAAAGUGAUUGAAAAACCUCUGCAACAGUUUGUUGUACAAGCUCUAAAAUUAGAAGGUGACAGUUUAGUAGAAGUUAUUAAGCAAGCGUUGGAUUGUGUUGACACAUUUGUGUUUGCGGAACUCUUAGAAUGUCCCAACGUUAUUGCACUAGAGACCACACCUCAUGCACCAUAUCUACAUGCGUUACGUAUGUUUUCGCAAGGUACGUAUUUGGAUUAUUUGGACAAAAAAAAAUAUCUGCCAGAACUCAGUGAACCCCAAAUGAAAAAACUGCAAUACUUAACAAUUGUUACAUUGGCCAAUAAAAUGAAAAGAAUACCUUAUGAUGUUCUUUUGAAAGAGUUGGAUGUUGACAAUGUCAGGGACUUGGAGGACUUAAUUAUUGAAGCGAUCUAUUCUAACGUGGUUUCUGGUGAACUCGACCAACAGAGUGAUUAUCUAGAAGUUGAUUGGACAGUUGGUAGGGACGUUGGAACUAAUGAUGUUGACAAUAUGAUAGACACAUUACAGCAGUGGUGUGAUUCCUGUGAGAGUGUUCUUUCUACAGUUCAAGCUCGAAUUGUUGAUGCUAAUCGAACUAAACAAGAUGUACUGAAACACCGUGCUGCUGUUGACAAUGAAGUUGCUAGCGUGAAAAAAGCUAUUAGAACUCAAAUACAAGAUGAAGAAAUGUCAGUGGAUACUAGCGGUCCUACAAAAAAAAGUGUGAAAGGAACAAAACCUAGCGGAGCUAAAUUUUGGAACAAGUAAAUAAAUGUACAAUAUCUAAUAAUAAUUCACACAUUACAUUAAUUUAUAAUGAUUAUGAUUUUUUUUAUAUAAAAUGGUUUUAAUGUGUAUAAAUGAGCAGACUUAAGCCAAGCCAUUAGUAUAUAAUAUUUUUCCUAACAGUCUUUUUAAUUUAAUUUUGUGGUAGAUUUAGGUACUGGAUAUACAAAAAUUAAUUUUUAGAUGUAUGAUGUACCUGCAAACCUAUCAUAAUCUUCAUGUUAAUAAAGAUUUUUUUUUU